CGCCGAACACAGUACCCAACACUUAGCAGGAUAGUACUCGACCUGCUAGCAUGCCCGGCUAUAAGUAGUAACUACGAACGAACGUUCUCAUCGGCCGGUAGGAGUAUAAGCAAGCUCCGUUCACGCCUUUCAGAGGGUACUGCAGAGGCAGUUACGUAUUUAGGUAGCUAG